UAUUGAGCCCUCUUUUUGUCUCAGUACUUCGUUGAUCAUCAUCACCUGGUGUUUUGUCUGAAAUUCUGAUCUUGCAAGAAACCAGACGACGUCCUUUUAACGGGAAUGGCCGAGGCCAUCGUUUCGUUCGUGAUAGAAAGACUCGGAGACUUGCUCCUGAAUGAAGCAAAGUUCUUAUCUGGAGUUAGAAACGAAGCUGAGGAGGCGAAAACCGAACUGCAACGAAUAAAAUGCUUUCUUGAAGACGCAGAUAGGCGUGCAAGGCAAGGAGACAAGACGAUUCGCCAACAUGUUGCGGAAAUAAGAGAAGCUGCUUAUGAUUUGGAGGAUGUCAUUGCAACUUUUGCCUUGAAGGCGGCUUCUAGAAGUGAACAAGGUAGAAAGUACGUACUCAAACGAUUUGCUUGCAUCUUGAUUGAUCUUCAUAAAGUUGGCAAUGAAGUUGAGAAAAUCUGUGAAAAGAUUUCUAGGUCAAGAUCGAGUUUCCAAGAAUUUGGGGUACUGGUACAAUCAAGCAAUAAUGAAGGCGCAAGUUCUUUGAAUGAGAGGCAGCGAGGAGAUUUGAGGCGAACUUUUUCUCACAACAUCGAUUCUGAUUUUGUUGGAUUUGAAGAAAAUGUUAGGGAAUUGGUGUCCCACCUGACAAGAGAAGGAUGUCUUCAUAGAGUUGUUUCAAUUUGUGGGAUGGGUGGCUUAGGAAAAACUACACUUGCAAGACGGAUUUACUAUCAUGGCGAUGUAAGACAUCACUUUGAUUGUUUUGCUUGGGCAUCUGUGUCACAAAAAUGUCAAGCGAGGGAUGUUUGGGAGGGAAUUUUGAUUAAACUCGUUUCUCCUACCGCGGAGAAAAGAAAAGAAAUCAAAGAAAUGAGGGAUGAUGAGAUAUCCAAGGCGCUUUACACUGUUCUGAAAGAGAAGAAAUGUCUAGUGGUUCUUGAUGAUAUUUGGACCACCGCAACUUGGGAUUGCCUAAAGUCUGCAUUCCCGAAUGUUAGAUCUGAGAGCAAAGUAUUAUUCACCACUCGGAAUAGAGAUAUAGCUUUACACGCCGAUCGCAAUAGCAUCCUCCAUGAGCCGAGGUGUUUCAACAAGAAUGAGAGUUGGGAAUUGUUUGAGAAGAAAACAUAUUUCGAUUUGGAAGAUGACAAAAGGAAGGAAACAUUAGCGCGAAAGAUGCUUGAUUAUUGCAAUGGAUUGCCAUUAGCCAUUACAGUGCUCGCAGGACUUCUAUCCAGUAAACAAACCAUCGAUGAGUGGGAGACUUUGCAUAAGAAUAUUAAGACAUAUAUGAGGAAGGGCAAAAUCAACGAGCAAGAAGACUCCAACUUAGGUGUCUCAUGGGUGUUGGGUUUGAGUUACGAUGAAUUGCCGUAUCACAUGAAGCCAUGUUUUUUGCACUUGGCUUAUUUCCCCGAAGAUUUUGAAAUAAGGGCAAAAGAACUAUGCCGAUUGUGGAUAGCAGAAGGCUUCAUAUCCAUGGAGGACGCGGCAUAUGAAUGCUUGAGGGAAUUGGUGCAAAGGUGCAUAGUUCAAGUGGCAGAGUGGGGCUCAACUGGAAGAAUCAAAACAUGCCGCAUUCAUGAUCUUAUGCGAGACUUGUGCUUGUCAAAGGCACAGGAGGAAAUCUUUCUAGAAUCUAUCGAUCUCCACAAGCAACAUGAGGCGAUAAGUUCUUCUUUUGGCAUGACAACAAAUUUGAUUCCAAGCAAUAAGGUCCGUAGACUUGCCAUCUAUUUGAACAACAACAGUGCUGAUGAAUUGCUCUCUCUCAUUAGAGCUAAGGAUGUUUGUCUUAGAUCUCUUAUAUGCUUCAGUCCAGAACUAUAUACAUCCUAUGAGCAAGUAAUGAAACCAGUGCUCAAUCGCUUCCAUUUGCUUAGAGUUUUGAAGUUUGAAAAUCUCAGCCGAGGUCAUGUUGGAAAGUUGCCCAAAGAAAUAGGGGAUCUUAUCCACUUAAGGCUUCUUAGUUUAAAGGAUAGUUAUGUGGAAAAGUUACCAUCAUCCAUCGGGAAUUUGAGAUGCCUCCAGACCUUAGACUUGCGGGUAAAAGCCUUCUCUUUUCAGAAAGGACUUCAAAUGUCUGAAAUACCAUCUGUGCUAUGGAAAUUGGAAGAGCUUAGACAUUUGUAUCUACCACAGAACUAUUUUACGAGAGGCCGUCGUUCGAAAAGCUACUUCAGAAUUGGCUACUCUGAUAGUAUAUUGUUGUUGGAUAAUCUUACCAAUUUGCAAACAAUGGUGAAUGUUUCGGCGAAUUACGGUUAUCUACAUGGAUUGGGGAAACUGACCAAUCUCACCAAAUUGAAAGUAAAUUUGGGGUCUAACUUCAUUGGUCCAAGAAUUUUGUUUAACAAUCUUCGAUCUCUGGCCAUCUAUUAUUCAGAUCUUCUUGAAGUUCAAUUUCACCAUGACGAUCAGGAACAAACUCAGAGAAGACGAAUGGCUGAAUUUAGUGUAGCAGAUGUAGAAAUGCUUAUAUUGAGCUGUCCUCAAAUUUACAAACUGCAUCUGCAAGUACCUAUAAAGUGGCUACCACAAGAUAACCAAUUUUCUCCCAACCUUAUCAAGUUAACACUAGUUAAUACUUGGCUCGAGCAUGACCCGAUGGUAACAUUAGAAAAGCUCCCAAAUUUGAGGAUCUUUGCCCUUGAUUAUAAUGCCUUCAUUGGAACUAAAAUGGUGUGCACCACAAGAGGUUUUCCUAAACUCGAGUCUCUUUCCAUUUGUUACCUUGAUAAUUUAAAAGAGUGGAAGGUGGAGGAAGGGGCCUUACCGAGCCUUCGUCGUUUGCAUAUCGUAAACUGCUUAAGAUUGAGGACAAUUCCAGAUGGGGUAAGAUAUCUAAUUACUCUCAAGGAAAUUGUGCUCCAACAUAUGCUCAGGCAAUUCAAGCAGAGAGUUGAACAAGGAGGAGAGGACUUCUACAAAGUCCAGCAUGUGCCUUCUCUUGUGUUCAUGAAUACUUUGGAGUUUUAGCUCUAUUCAUGAGGGUUUAUCCAGGAUCGGAGUUUUGAUAACGAAACGUGGCUCUUUUGGGUUUUCUUCUUUCUUCUUUGAUUGUAAGAAUAUUUGCCUUUUCCACUUUGUUGUAUCAUUAUGAGCUUUGGUGAUCUUGCAGCUAGCAAGCUUACUGAAUCACUUAUGUUUGUACUUGUAUUUUUCAUUAUCUCGCAUGUAAGAUAUGGAGUGAAAGAAUUGCGACUAUAACAUAAAUAAUCGUAUUUUGUCACGACAAGAUACACAUAAAAAAGGUCAUUCAUUC